AUGACUCAGACUUUAACUAAACCACUUCUACAGAUGAAACACGAGGAUGUCGAGGCUGAAGGCAACAUUUCCACAGUAAUACAGUUCGUCCUGCUGGGCUUCUCUUCUCUUCCCAACCUCCAAGGGAUUCUGUCUGCAGUGUUUUCCAUCAUUUACAUGAUUAUCCUCAUUGGUAAUUCCCUGAUAAUAUUAAUAACUAGGCUUGACCCUACAUUGCAGAAACCCAUGUAUUUUUUCCUGGCAAAUUUUUCCUCUUUGGAAAUCUUUUAUGUAUCGGUUACUGUCCCAAGGAUUCUAUUCAACAUUUGGACACAAGAUAGAAACAUUUCUGUGGUGGCUUGUGCUGUGCAGAUGUGCUUCUUCCUUAUGUUGGGAACUGACGAAUGCUUCCUCCUGGCUGUGAUGUCCUAUGAUCGCUAUGUUGCCAUUUGCAACCCUCUGCACUAUCCUCUAGUCAUGAAUCAAAGAAAAUGCACUCAACUGGCAGCAGGCUCCUGGCUCAGUGGCAUCCCAAUACAGAUUGGGCAGACCUGUUGGAUAUUUUCUAUGCAUUUCUGCAAUUCUAAUAAAAUAGACCACUUCUUCUGUGACAUACCACCCAUUCUCAAGCUGGCCUGUGGGGGCACUUUGGUUCAUGAGCUGUCGGUUUAUGUCGUCGUUAUGGUGGUGGCUGCACUCCCCUUCAUGCUGGUGCUUACAUCCUACAGCAAAAUCAUUGCCACCAUCCUGAGGUUGCCAACAGCCAAAGGGCGGGCCAAAGCCUUCUCUACAUGUUCUUCCCACCUGCUGGUAGUGGUUUUGUUUUAUGGGUCUGGUACUAUUACCUACUUGAGGCCAAAGUCCAUGCAUUCUCCUGGUACUGACAAACUGCUCUCUCUGUUCUAUACUAUUGUGGCUCCCAUGUUCAAUCCCUUAAUAUACAGCCUUAGGAACAAGGAUGUGAUUGCAGCUCUGAGAAAAUUAAUUCUCCAAAAAUAG